AUGGCGCUGAAGAGCAUCAACAUCAGCGGCAACUUCGAUUGGUGCCCCUUCAAAAAGCACAAAAACUACCUGGCCUGUUUCACCUCGCACAAUCUCCUCUACUCCAACGGCAACAAUCUGAACAAUUACGUGUACCUCCUAGACAUAAACCUUAACAGCGAUGGGAGAAGCUUAGAAAUCGUGAGUAAGCUAAACUUUGAGGAAGCACUAAAAAGUGAGAAAAGUGGAAAAAAGAAAGGUACUAACGAGUAUGUGACUAGCUUCGAAUGGAUUAACAGUAGCAGCUUUGUCGAAUCGGAAGGGGAAGAUGAGUUAGGCAAGGGAAUCAUAGUGGGGGGACUAACCAAUGGAGACGUAAUUCUACUGAAUGCACAAAAUCUCUUUCUGGAGAAGCCAACCCACGAACAGUUCAUACUGAGCAAGGCAAAUGUACAUGAGGGGUCCAUAAACUGUCUCGAGUGUAAUAAGCACAAGAACCAUUUGAUAGCAACAGGAGGGAAUGAUGGCCAGCUAUUUAUUACCGACAUUGAGAAUAUCUUGUCGCCAACUUCCUAUGAUCCCUAUUUGGAUAAAAAUAACUUACAAAAGAUUACGUGCCUGAAUUGGAAUAAGAAGGUGUCCCACAUUUUGGCCACUUCCUCAAACAAUGGGAAUACGAUCAUCUGGGAUUUGAAAAUAAAAAAAUCGGCUGUCAGUUUUAGGGAUCCACAUAGUAGAACAAAGACAUCCUCUCUUGCAUGGCUAGCCAAUCAGCCAACUCAGAUCUUAGUUGCGUAUGACGAUGAAAAGAGCCCUUGUUUACAACUGUGGGAUUUAAGGAACGCAAACUACCCCAUUAAGGAAAUUAUUGGACAUUCCAAAGGGAUAAACAACAUCACCUUUAGCAGCAUCGACACGAAUUUGUUGAUUUCUUCUGGGAAGGACACCACCAAAUGCUGGUACUUGAGCAACAACAACUUUGACGUCUACAAUGAGGUGAAUAACUCGGCUAAUAAUAUCUACUCCAAGUGGUCUCCUUUCAUUCCAGACAUGUUUGCCUCCGCUACGAAUAUGGACACGAUCCAAAUCAAUUCGAUUAACAACGGCAUGAAGAUGACUACCAAGUAUGUCCCCAGCUUCUAUAGGAAGGACGCGGGGAUUACCUUCGGGUUUGGCGGCAAGAUCUGCUUCUUUGACAACACCACGGGGGGGGACCCUACGAAGCAGGGCCAGUCAGACGGGAGCGAUGUUGGCGGGGGUAGCGGCGUCAGCGCCCCCGAGAACAGGUUCCCCAUCAAGUGCCAUAUUUACCCCACCGAAAUGGAGCUCAUCUCCGAGGCGGACAAAUUCGAGAAAUACAUCGCCAGCGGGGACUACUUCGAGUUCUGCGAGAGUAAGAUAGCCACGACGGAAGACGAAUACGAGAAGCUCACAUGGAGGAUUUUGCAACUCCUGUGCACAUCGCAGAAGGAAGGAAUCGUCAAACAUCUCGGUUAUGACAUGAACGAAAUUGUACAGAAAAUUCAAGACAGCACGGGAAAGCAACCAGGUUUUAUCUUUAACAAGUUGGCUGAGGAGCAGAAGGAAAAGAUGUUAUCGAAGAACUCGUCUUCCUUUAAUCUCCUCGGUCCAGAUAGCAUGAUGGAUUACUCCGGGGCGGGAUUAAUAUCCGGGGCAGCAAACUACGAACCUAUGAAUGGUGGAUUUAUGGCUGGUGGUGCGGCUUCCAUUGCCGGUGCUGCCUCUGUUCCUCCUGGUGGAGGCUCCCCCAUGGGUAUAGACACUUUGCAGGGCUUCAACGCCUCGUUGGAUGUCGACCCGGAGAAGUUCUUUCGGGAGCUGGGCGAGAAGAAGGAGAAUGAAGAGGCCAAGCAGGAGGGGGAGAAGCAGAAGGGAAGCAAAGCGGCGGAGGGGGAGCAGCAGAAGGGAAGCAAAGCGAUGGAGGAGAAGCAGCAGAAGGAAGAGAAAGGGGAGAAAAAGGGAAAGGAUAAAGGGAAGAAAAAAGGAAAGGGACCAGAUGCCGGUUUAACAGGAGUGGCGGGCGAAGAGUACGACGAUAAAGAUGACGAAGGUGCCAAAGAGGAUAAAACGGGAGGAAGGAAGGAUAAAAAUCAAACAAAUGACGAAACAAAUUGGAACUCCGGCAUAGAGUCCAUCAUUAAAGAGUGUGUACUGGUAGGAAACAUCGAAACGGCAGUGGAGUUAUGUCUGCACAAGAACCGAAUGGCUGAUGCGUUGUUCUUAUCCUCCUUUGGAGGCGAGCAGCUCUGGCACAAAACAAAAACCUUGUACAUUCAGAAACAGAACAGUACCUUUAUGAGAAGCCUGAAUUACAUUUUGGAUGACCAACUGGAGCUGCUAGUUCAGCAGAUCGACCUCUCCUCCUGGGGAGAGGCUCUCUCCAUUCUAUGCACAUACGCAUUAAAUAAGGCUAACUUUAAUAACCUCUGUGAAACACUAGCCAAGAGGUUGCAAAAUGAGAAGUUUGACAUCAGGGCAGCGUCCAUUUGCUACCUAUGUGCUUCUAACUUCGACCAGACAGUGCAAAUCUGGAAUGACAUGCCUUCCACUCAGAGCUCUCUACUCAAUGUACUCCAAGACAUGGUAGAAAAAAUGACCGUCCUGAAAAUGGCUAUAAAACAUGACAUGUUUAAUGCGAUUAUGAAUAGGAAGAUUAAUCAGUAUGCUGAGUUGUUGGCAAAUUCGGGUCGAUUGAAAGCUGCCAUGACGUUUUUGUGUCUUACUCAGGAAGAUCAAACUGAGGAGAGCCUAAUCCUACGAGACCGUAUUUUCAACAGCGGUGCUCAUAUGCUGUCCCAUCAAGUCAAGCCUCCGAUGUCUCCUUUCCAGGUGUUACAUGUAAAAUCGACAGCUGCGGGGAUGCUGCACCAGAACUAUCAUCAGGGUAAUCAGAGCCCACAAUUUAAGUCCAAUGUCAUGGGUGGUGGUAUCCUGAACCCUAGUCAGUCCAAUGUCUUCUCCCCCACUAAGAGUGCCACCUCCAUGAUUGUCCCCCCUCCGAUGCCAGGCCAGAUCACAGGGAACAUCACAGGGCAAAUGCCAAGACAGGUUUCAGGACACAUCCCAGGACAGAUGCAAAUGGGUUACUCUUCCAUGCCGCCCACCAAAUUCAGCACCCAAGUUAUAAGUUCCCCUCCAUCCCAACGCGCAUCCUUCGCAAGCACAUCUUCUAAAAAUUUCCCUAUGGGCAACCUCAAUCCAGUGAAGCCUCCAUCCAUGAGCACUAUGUCUGCAUCAUACAUGAUGCCCCCCUCAGGACCCCCCCCCUCCGCUACAUGCCCAAUUGGUACAUCUCCCCCUUCCUACGCUUCUAUGUCGAACCUUUCAAAUUUUGUCGCGCCACCGGGUAUCAAAUCAGAGCAAGAUGAUCUGAAGCAGAACACACCAACAACGGGAGUUCCACUAGGAGCGGGAGGAGGACCCAUGUUUCCCCCUCAGUCCUAUGCCAACCAGAGACGAAUUCAACCCGGUGGAAAUGUCCCCCCCCCUGCUGCUCCCACACCUUCACAAGGGAACCAAAUGAACAACCGUGGUUUCCCCUCCAUGCAAAAUAUCGCACCUCUUGCCCCCCCCGGAAACAGAAAUCCAUCCAUCUCGUCCAAUCCGAGUAGUAUGUCCUUCCAGCAGGAUAACUCUGGCCAACAGUUUCUCAAGAGGGAGUGCAUGGAUCAGCAGGCUCCUUACGGAGGGGCAGUGAGCCCCCCCGGCAUGCAGCCGAAUAGUUUCGGCACCUCUUUCCAGGACAGCACGAACAAGGUCGGGCUUGGCGGCCAGUCGGCCGGCCCUCCCUCUUCAGGUCUCAGCACGACAUCCCCAAUCGCGGGCGCCCUGACUGUCACCCCCGGAAUGCCGGUCCCAUGGCCAAUCCCCACGACGACGCAGCAGCUCGGAUCCACGACCACCUCCACGGCGAACGAAAACAAGAAGAUACAAACCGCCACGAAGGAGCAAAACGGCGUGUUCAUGGGAAGAAGCAACGUAGACAAUGUUAAGAAGACAAUAAGUAGUUUCCUCAAUGGGUACACCUCACAGGAGCCAAUGAAGAAGAAGGCAGAAGACGUAUCAGUCAAGGUUCACGAGUUGUUCGAUAAGCUGGACACUGGGUCGUUUAAUCAGCAGAUAAAUGACAGCAUCGUUAAUAUGGUUAAUGCACUUAAUGCGAAUGACUUCAGGGCAGCCAACAAGGUUAUAGUGGACCUGAGUAGGAACUUAUGGGAUGGAAGCAACAAGUCAUGGAUUAUGGGCCUCAAGUGCAUUAUACCAAAAUGCUGA